AUGAAUAUGAUGAGAAUGAAGCUGAGACACUACUGUACAUUUGCAACUCUUUCACUUCUCGCUUUGUUACUGAUCAUCCCAAGGGUGUUGGCCGCACAAUGUGUUCAGCAAGCCAGUCUACGAAAACCAGACAUAACCGAAAUUAUUAGCAGUGGUUGGCCAACUGCACCUGAUGGCCCUUAUACAUGGGGUUACUGCUUCAAAAUCCAAAGAGGCAACCCUGAUUCCCACUGCAAACCAAGCGUUGAGUGGCCGUGCGCUCCCGGCAAGAAAUAUUAUGGACGAGGCCCCAUCCAAAUUUCAUACAACUACAACUAUGGGCCUUGUGGAGAUGCAAUAGGAGAAAACCUCCUAAGAAAUCCUGAUUUGGUGGCCGCUGACAGAGUCAUCUCAUUCAAAACUGCACUUUGGGUCUGGAUGACUAGUACUUCAAAACCACCAAUGCCUACGUGCCACGAUGACAUUCUCGGGAAAUGGAAACCGUCCACAUCAGACACAGCAGCCAAUAGGCUCCCUGGUUACGGGGUCAUCACAAACAUCCUCAACGGAGGAUUAGAAUGUGGUCAUGGUUUUGACGAGAAGGUAAAGGAUCGAAUUGGCUUCUACUUGAGAUACUGCAAAAUUCUAGGUGUUAGCCCGGGAGAGAACCUUGACUGCGGCAACCAGAAGCCUUUCGGACACUUCAACUCUAUAUAUGUAGAAUAA